GGCAAUGGCCGUGCAGUUUGAAGCCUUCUGUGCAGGGGGCCUGGCCCCUGGCUGGAGCCUCAUGGUCCAGGGGCAGGCGGACUCCAGCGAGGACAAGUUUGAGAUCAACUUCUUGUCUGAAACAGGAGACAUCGCCUUCCACAUCAAGCCCCGAUUCUCCAGCGCCACGGUGGUGGGAAAUGCCUUCCAGGGCGGCCGGUGGGGCGAGGAGGAGGUGUCCAGUGUCUUCCCACUGGCCCUGGGGGAGCCCUUUGAGAUGGAAAUCAGCUCAGAUGGGGAGCAUUUCCACGUCUACGCCCAGGAGCACAAGGUCCUGCAGUUCCCCCACCGCCAGAGACCGCUGGCCGCCAUCACCAGGGUGCGGGUGCUGAGUGACCACCGUCUGGCCCAGGUGGAGCUGGCCAAGCGCAGCCUGAGCUGGGGGGACGGGAGCUACUGAGCGGAGCCUGCACCCUGAGAUGAGCCUUGGCUGGUUCCCCGUCCAGGGUGCCUUGGGCCUCCUCCCACACCCGGCCAGACCUUCAAUAAAAUGCUAACUAACUGCA